UGCAAUGUUUUGUCUUCUAGAUUCAUCUGCAUUUAUCCAGCUUAUUUAAAUAACAAGAAGACAAUAGCAGAAGGAAGAAGGAUACCUAUAGACAAAGCUGUUGAAAAUCCAACAUCUACAGAAAUCCAAGAUGUGUGUGCAGCAGUUGGAUUCAACGUGCUUGUAGAGAAAAAUAAGAUGUAUCCUAGAGAGUGGAACCGUGAUGUGCAGUACAGGGGUAGAGUACGAAUUCAACUCAAACAAGAAGAUGGCAACCCGUGUUUACCUCAGUUUCCAACACGUAAAUCAGUGAUGCUGUAUGCUGCAGAAACCAUUCCCAAACUGAAGACAAGAACACAAAAAAUGGGAGGUAGCGAGCAAAGUCUCCAGCAAGGAGAAGGAGGCAAAAAAGGCAAAGGGAAGAAAAAGAAAUGAGCCUACAUCUGGAAUAACUGUUACUUUACAUAGCUGUGCUUACUACAGAUAUGGAUGGACACGUUACUGAUUGCAACUUUGAAGUGAAAGAUACCGGAGGGAAGGAGGAAGAAAAAAAAAAAAACAAAAAACCCCACAGGUGAAGCUGAAUAGAACUGCCUGCUUUUUCCGGCACUGGAAUGCAUGUAACUGCCUCAUCUCUGUGUCACAGCAAAUCUAUCUACAUACAGCCUGCAAGUCAAAAGCUAACAUGCAGUUCUGAAGGUGAAAGAACAUAAGCAAAUGGGGUGGCUGGGAGAAUUACUCUUUCCAGAAGAACUACGCAGUGUUAUUCAGCUUUUUUUAAAAACAAACAAACAAACUUAUGCAGACUAGAUACCGGAAAACUGAUUGCCUUAGUACACCAUUUCUCUAUGCUAGUUAAGUGACUAUUUUAAUUCUGAAUGGUCUGUGUUGCUAAAAGAAAAAUGUAAAUGAGUGAAAUUGAUUCUGUAAACUUUCCUUGCUAAUUAUCUUUCACAACUGUCAAGUGUACUAAUAAAGGCAACAAGUUAAUUUUGAAAAAUCUAAUUAUAUAAACACUUUUGUGAAGAGCA